AACGCGAGUUGGGGAUUUAAGAAAAACAAGUGGGUAUUAAAUAAUUAAAACUUUAAAUAUAUAUUUUUAGGUAAUUGAUGAAUCAGUAGCAAGAAUAAGGAACAUGGAUUUCGGAAGCUGGAAUAUAUGUGAACAAACUGUGGUACUCCAAGGAUCCUUUCUACUAGCAGAAAAACUCAUCCUUCCCAAAACAUUGCAGGAGGCAAGUAAAUCAGACUGGCCUGUUAUUGAAAAGCCAAUUACAACAGCUAUAAAGGAAAUCAGCCAGUCAAACUGUCAUGAAUGGAGAAAAAGAGCCAUUGCUAUACUUUGGGCCAAAAUUCUAUCUUGCAGGUCCAUGAAUUCUUACGCCGACAUUGAAAGGAAAUGGAAAGAGGAUGUUUUCUUUCCGGUGGAAAACCUAAUCCCAAAAAUAAAUCACACAGUUCUCUUUGAACUGCUCAAAUCACUAAAAUCCACAAAUCUAUACGCAGAGCUUCUGUUGGCGCUUCCUACGUGCUAUUGGGCAGAAGAAGUAGCAUUGAUUGUUAACCAUGUUUCUGAUGAAACCUCAUUUGAAGAUGUCUCUUUCUUUUUGAACGUCUGGUGGGAGGUGAUGAAAACAAGCAAUAAUCACCAGGAUGAGACCACUCUGGUAUUUUCUUCCAUUGCCUCUAAGUUUUUGUCGGAGACCACUGAUGAACCUUGCCAGAGAUCAAAGCGAUUUAAACCGGAUCCUGAGCAGGCCCUGACACCUGCCGAUAAUACCCUUGCAAUAUUUUUAGAGGGUCUUCAUAAAAUAAGGCAAUACAUUAAUAAUGACAAGCUUAAGUGCCGCACUAUUGCAAACCUGGCGGAAACAUUGUGUGUCUCUGCUUUUCCAGAAAAUGAGCUUGAAGCCAUUCCUAUAGUCCUUUAUUUGGAAAAACUUGGUGCCAUUGUUUAUUUUCUUAGCACAGAAGCCAAAAAUCACAGCCUUUCAGAAAUGAUCAGUGAAGGAGAAAGGACUCUUCGGCAUAGGGGCACAGCUGCAAGGUUUACAUUAUCACUUGACGCUCAGAAGUUUGGCUUAAAUCUUAUCAAAGAUCUAUUGCUUCAGUGGGGGGAAGAGUUGGCAAAGCAUAUGACUGACACUGAGGAGGUUAGCUAUGAAGCUUAUAGGAUGGCAGACAGCCUUGCAUCCUUACACAAAAUCCUGAUUGCAUCAGGAGAUAAAGAAAUGUUUCUUGAAGAAGAAAAAGGUGAUGCUUUGGAAUUGGCACGGUGUAUCAGUAGCCUUCAAGAGAAAACUCCAAAUAUUUUCUUAAGGUGUAAAUUGAAUGACAGUGAUGCAGUGGCUUCAAUUGCCAUGAAGAUCAUUGAUGAAAAAAUGGACCGCCACAAAGAAGUCUGCGCUGUUUUUGCAUCUGAUGUUACCUGGGCCUUUUCCAGCAGUUGGGUUGGUUGUCUAAAAAGGAACCAUGCGCUUUUUCAAGAACCAGACCUGAUUUUCACAUUACUAGAAACAGUGGUAAAGGUUGUAUCUACCCAGGGUGGCUUCAAUAUGGUGGUAAUCCGGAAAGUUUCCGGUGUUAUUUUAGACUUGUUUUCUGAACUCUCUUUAAUAGAAAAGGAUAGAGUCCUGUUUAGGGUUUUGUCUUCAUGGGGUAAGGAAGGACUCUCUCACAGUCUGGACGCAUUUACCGAUUGCUUUCAGGAGGAGCUUAACACAACUUUCAAUCAAAUCUCCCAAAGUGUUACAGAUUACAGUGCAAUUAAGGCUGUUUCUAGAGUGGCCAGACUAGCCCUGCUGCAUCCAGAAGCUGUUGUAAACAAAGCAUGCCACUUUGCUGUGGUAAACCAUGGUGCUCAUGUCUUUUUAGGGAAGAUACUGACCUCUCUUCCUGCCUUACAUUUUAGGGGUUUUGAGAAUUCUGAAAGCUCCCUAGUAUCCCAGUGUUUAAUGAAUACUUGCUGGGGCAAACUUUCCUCUGCUAAGGAAGAGAGCCAGUUUUUAUCUUUAUUGACCUUUCUAAUGGACCCUUCUGAAACCUCCGACACGGCCACAUCCAGACUCCUCAACCCAGAAGAAGUUGUUAAGACAUUUGUUCUUCCGUAUAUUUUAGAUGAGGGUGUUUAUGUUGAGUUGUGCUUACAAAUACUUCGUAAGGCUCUGCAUAUACAUCUCCCUUCAGAAACUGGUGGUAAACACUGGAUGCUCUUGUGCUCUCCUUUUCCACUCCUCUUGUCUCUGUGUAAGCUUCUCAAUAGCUAUACAAAGUAUUGGCAACAAUCCGAUAAACCAUUUUGCCUUACACUAGGCUCCAAAGAACUAAUCAUUGAAAUCAUUAAGUUAAUAUGUGAUGCAAUCAUUCCAGAAGCUGAAUAUAUUCCAGACGUGUGGAACAAGUCUCUGUUUUGGUUGCAAAGAAAAAUGGAGCAUUUAGAUUGGGUUGUCUGUCUCAGGCUAAAUCCGAUCUUUGGAGGGCACUUUAAGAAAGAAGUCCCUGCUUCGUUAUUUGACGUCUGUAAGCUUCCAGAAGAUGAGUGGCGUGCACUUGACCUUCCAGAAUAUGGUCCUGGUACGGGGCUUUUGGCAUGGUUAGAGUGUUGCUGCAUCUCCGAUAUGAAAGACCAAAUGCUUUCCUUGCUUUCAGUCAACACAAAAGACCCAGAGGAAGUGAAUCUAUUUAGCAAAGGGUUUCUAGUGGCAAUGAUCCAAGUCCUUCCAUCGUGCAGUUCAGAAGAAUGCAAGCUUCUAACCCAGGUGGUGGUUAGUCUUUUAGAAAGACAAUUACUCCAUGUACCAUACACUCUGGAAUAUGUACAGUAUAUGCCUCUUCUGAAUUUGCGCCCCUUUGCGUACAACCUACAAUUCUCUAUUCUCUUACUCAGAGUUUUCCAGCUUCUCUGCAGUUCUAGUUGUUCAGAAUGGCUUUCACACGAAGGACAAAAGCACCUAGCAAGACUGUACUGUUGUUGUAUGUCUGAUAUUCUGGAAGCUGUCAAGAAACAAUUACCAGGCACUAACCUUCAGGUACAGCCCGAGGGAGCAGAAGCAGACUAUGUUCAGGAGGUGUUGUUCAUCUAUACUCAGGUAUUCUGCCACGUGCUCCAUAUAAUGGCAAUGAUGCCAGACAACACAUGUGAACCGCUUUACUUUUUGUCACUGGAGAUCCUGUCUCUGUAUGAAGCUCUGAGAGUAGCAGACACAUCCACAAACAGCCUCCUCAGAAGAGCCAACGAGAGACACUUCUUAAAGUCCAUUACUCAGAAUGUGAGUAAUGACCAACAUCGUGCUACGCUGAUGCAGAAAAUUGGAAAACUCUAGCAUUGGGUAUCAAUGUUCUCAGAACCUUGUAGAGUUUUGCCAUAAUAUUGUAAAGGUUAGUGUAAGCUGAGCACCAUCCUAAAAAUAAAAAGUAACCAAAAGUAGCUAUCUCCUCUUAACGAAGAAGCCAAUUAUUUGCAAAAUGAAAAAUGUGUUUUGCUUGAAGUUUUUUCCCCCCCAGUAAAUGUAGCAUCAAGCUAAUAUGCAA